AUGAGACUCGGACACAUUCUCAGAUGCAUACAAUCUGGGCUAUUAUUCCGGGUGACCCGAGGCACUCUAAAUCAGAUCGAUGUACGCUUUGGAACCUUGAGUGAGAUCCGACAACGAUCGAAGACUUGUAUUCUUUGCCAACAAUGGGUGCAGCUCGUAGACUCAUUCCCAGGUGAUAGUGAAGAGGACAACGAUGUUACACUCACUCUGAACUGGGAGGAGGUCCAUUCUUGGCUUCAAGAGUGUGUGUAUCAACACGGAGGAAAAUGUGGCCUAGCAUCAAAAGCUCAACAUCCACCAGGAUUUCGGUUGAUUGAUGUGACUAACAAUUGCGUUGUGACGGCUUCUGGAUUCUGCGAGUACGCAGCGUUGAGCUAUGUACGGGGAACAGAUGACAAGCAGCGUCUCGAGGCAACAACGCAUAAUAUACGAGAUCUACAAAAACGAGGCUCUAUGCACAAAGCCUGCCUCCCCGCAACUAUCUGCGAUGCAAUGAGGGCUUGCGCUGAGAUGGGAAUUCAAUAUCUCUGGGUUGACCGGCUAUGCAUUGUACAAAAUCAUGCCCAUGAGAAGGAUGUACAAAUCAAUUCCAUGGGCACUAUCUAUACCAAUGCCUAUGUCACACUCGUUGGGUUGGAAGGUAAUGAUGUGAACUAUGGCCUUGCCGGGCUUUUUAAAGAAGAGCGACCUUCUCACUUGGCUUUCCAAGUUGAUGACCUCGUUUUAACCCAGAUUUGCAGUGAGAACGACUACGGGGAGCUUGUUAGAAGGUCGGAGUGGGAUAGUAGGGGCUGGGCUUAUCAGGAAGCUCUACUUUCGAGGAGACUACUGCUAUUUUCACACUCGGGGCUCUUUUACGAGUGUUGUAAACCUCCUCGGCUCUGUGGCGAACCGAGCAACACAUAUCCCUAUUUUAGAAAGCCACUCUUCAACAAAGCUAUCGACCAAAAAUUAACUUCCCCCUCACUAUUAUUCCCAAGCCUAAUAGAGGGUUACACAAAGCGAGUCUCUUCGCAUGAAUCAGACAUCCUCCGAGCGAUUUCUGGCAUCCUAAACUCGACUUACGAAAGUAACCACUACUUUGGACUCACAUUUGCACUAUUCGAGAACGCUAUUUUGUGGAAGGCAGAGGCUACUACACAUUCAAAACGCAUUUCAGCCAGCGACGCCGUUUUCCCCUCAUGGUCAUGGUCCUCAGUCAAAGGCGGAAUAAAGACCAAUACUAGACCACUGCAAAACCUAGCAGUCUGGAUUACUGCGUCUAGUGAUUCUAAUUUCCUUCCACAGCCAUUAAAAGUCAUCGCACCUCAGCCAAGAAUGAUUUAUAAGGAUAUAUAUACAUUGAAGUUGCUAACGCAUUUUUCUGUGCUGCUUAUCAUGGCCUGGAAGGAGGGUUGCUUCUCAGGCAAGCUCCCAGAUGAAUUUUACUUCGCAGAAACUUGGUCAGAGUAUAAAGAUUUGAUAGAAGAACGGUGGGGAGUCAAUAUUCCUGAUCGCAUUAUUCAAGACGCCCAUGGUCUGGUGGAGAACGUCGAUUAUAGCGACAAAUUCUCAUCAGAGCACAUAUCAAAAGCGCGCUCUAACCCUGGUGGAAUUAUGGUCCACACCCAAGCACUCCGGCUUCGCUUAGUGCCUCCGCGAGGACUAUUCAACACCGGUCGAGUUGUGGCAUUUCUCGAUGACGAAAGCGUAAAUAGGGACUGGUUUCUUGCAACAUAUGGCGGCCGGCAAAGUGGGAUAUUGUCAUGUCCUGAGGAUAAACUAGAAUUGAGUGGAAUGACCCGAUCCAUCGAGAAGAUGAUAUACGGAAACCGGCAGAUAAUUCCUUUGGGUGAAGGCUCUUUCAUUGAUGCAUUCGCACCUAUUGUCAAUUUGAUGGUUAUUGACACCCAUAAGGGUGUCAGUAGGCGGGUGGCACUCACUAAAACCUAUCUCAAGAUAUAG